CAUCCAAGGGUGUGGAAAGAGACAAUUGAACAAGUGUCACCCGAGCAUAGCAUAGACUGUGAAUGACACCUCAGGUGGUUGACUACUUUACAUUAGUUUGGGGAACUGCUGGCACCUCCUGCCGAAAGAGCACGGCCAAUCAUGCUCUCUGGACUCCCUAUUGAGAUGCUGAAAAUGUUACCACCAGACAGAAGACACCGGUGUGAAAUGUUAUACAGACAACAGCCCCAACUUCUGAUCUUUCUCACUGCGUUAACACAGCUGGAGCUUGUAUUGAGCUGUACAGGCUUUGUCAUAGCCAAAUUGUGGAUUCUACUGAUGCAGGGCAAGGCUCACCUCCCUGGCAAUCCUUAAUUAGUUUACCUUGCAAACCACCAUUGUGAUCUCCACAGGUGUAAUACUCGAUCCUCAAACCCUGAGAAGCUUAAAAGCUGUUUAUUUUUAAUGACCCAGGCACACAUCCCACAUCCCUUCAUGUGCAAUUAAAAUAUUGCAAAUAUAAGCAUUGAUUACAAGCUUCAAUAAGUCUUGAUUAGGAUGCAGUAUUACUAAAACUGUAGACUGACACAUAGUGGAGUUAAUGUGAUACUGCUCCUUGCUGAUACUGAGCAAAAUAAAGAGAAGUUUAGAAUAACAGAACUGUGACACAUCCUUGGUUUUGUCAAAUAUCCACCUUAUGUAUGCAAAUCCCAUGAACAAUUGUAAUUCUGUAGUAAUAUCUGAGAAAAUGAAUUGUGUGCAAUUUUUAUAUUAACUUCACACUGCAUAUGUCUUAUCUGAUCUUAGAGGGUAGGUUUUGGUCAAAUUGCUAAUGUUUGGGUACAGUAUUCCCAUUUCUUACAUCACAUAUGUUUCAGGUGGAAAAAUGGCAAGUUAUCAUUGAAGUUUGAUUGGAGAAUAAGGCAUAAACUUCACCAUUUGAGCCAACUAAUUAACAUCAGGAUGAAUGAGUCGUUCAGGCUGACUUUCCUCUUUGGUCUGAAUGCACAAGACUUCAUUAAUAUAUUUAGUGAGCGUCGCUCCAGAAUGUUCCAGUUCCUGUCUGAUUUAGAGAAAGCUGCAACUAAGCUGGACAAGAUGAAGAAGGGCUUCAACAUCUCUAAUGUUGCUGGAAGUUCACUUGGUAUUGCAGGGAGUAUUUGCUCAAUCAUAGGUUUAGCUCUCGCUCCCGUCAGUGCAGGUGUAUCUCUGGGACUUACACUCACAGGUGCUGGUCUUGGCGUCACCAGUGGCAUCACCGGCCUUGUUACAAGCAUCACUGAAACGGCAGUCAACAUUCAUCAAGGUCAAAAAGCAAACAACAUCUUCAUUAGGUUUAUGAAAGAUAUCGAUAAGCUUUUAGAUAUCAUGGGACAGGUUGGCGGCAGUGAGCCCCCAGCAGAAUUUACUUUUGGGGUUAAUCUAGUACAUGAAGGCCGGAAACUGGGUGUUCUUGGUAAAUCAGUAGCCCAAGAUAUUGUUGAGUUUGUAGAUGUAACAUCAGGAUUACAAACUAUCAAAAAUGAGGAAGCAAUUGCAAGGACAGCUAAGAUCGGACUGAAAAGGAUUAAAACAGCUCAGAACUUCCCUGCACACGCUGUAAAUCUCCCUGACGUUGGGCAGAUGGCUAAAGGAGGCCUUUCAAAGUCAGGCAGGGUGAGCUUCAUUACCGUAAAUGCCUUUUUCAUUGGUGUAGAUGUUUUUGUCCUUUAUAGAGACAUUCAAAACCUGUCUGAAGGAAGUAACAGUAAUGAAACUCAGCUCAUUCGCUCUAGAUCAGCUCUGUGGUGCUCAGAGGUGGAGGCAUGGGAGAAGAUCUUUAAACAUCUGUGUGAAGGAAUCUCAACAUUUGACAAGAACUUAAGAGUUCUACAGCAGCCUUUCCACAUGUAAUUAAUUAUUCUGAUGUCAUAUGGAGCAAAAGCCUAUAUUUUAAGCAACAUCUUUUUAAAUUCCGGUCUACCUUAAAUUGUGCGUAAUAAUGACUAGUUUAAAGAAAGAUAGAUAGAUACUUUAUCGGUCACAAAGGAAAUUUCCCAAAGGAUGGCAUUGAAACCACUGGAGAAAUCAAAGAAAAUGUUCCUCACAGCACUCUUUCCUUUGUCGAGGUGGGAGGUGGCAUGAUACAGCAGGUAUAGGGUGGCAUCAUCAACACCAACCUUCUUCCGGUUGGCAAACUGGAGUCCAUGACUGACUUGAGGUCUGAGGAGAAUAAGAAGUCACUUAAAGAUCUUAAUAAUAUGUGAAGUCAACGCCACUGUCCUGAAAUCAUUGAGCUCCUUAGGGCAGCUUUUCUUAGGAAUUGGGAUGAGUCAAGAUGUUUUUCAGAGGUCAGUGGUCCUCUAUAGCUGCAAACUCAUGUUGAAGUUGUGCUGAAGGAGCUUAGCUAAUUCUUUACCACAAGCUCUCAGCUUUCUUGGGCAGACCUUAUCCGGGCCAGCUGUCUUACUGGGGCGGAGCAUCCUCAGACCCUUUUUGCGCUGAUCAGCAGUAAUUGUGGGGGGACAGGGUCCAAGGUGCAUAAAGUGGGGGAUACAGACUGUGGUUCUGGAGGAGGGUAAGUAAGAAGUGGACAGGCAGUAAUAACAACAGGGGCAGGGCAAUCAUACCUGUUGAAGAACCGGUUAAACUCACUAUCCCUCACAACACUGGGAGGACAUGCAGCUCA